GGUGAACGGCAUGGGCUGUUGGAAUGAAGGCAGGCAGGCAGCAAUUCCCAGUCCCAGGGGGGGUGGGCAAAGCGACCGCCGAAGUGGCCAAAGCGAUUGGCGAAGCGGGAAACUAAGCUAGUCUAUUCGCCUGCCAGUGGGGGUCUACGAGGGGUAAAAUCGAUGACGUGGAAUUAAACAAUGUAAAAGGGAAAUGAAUGACGUGGCAUAAUAGAUUCGUAUCCGCGCUGUAGUAAUCCACGUACAGGCAACACAUGCCCACGAUUUAUUUAUUUUUUUAAUUUUAAUUUUAAUUUUAAUUUUAAAUUUUAAUGUGGCCCGAUGGACCACGAAUAUCUGAUCAGUUACUAAACUGAUCAGAACAGAUGCUACACUUGAUCUAUCUUAGCCAAAAGGCCGAGAAUUUGAAAAGAGGAAAAAGAGCAUGUGCAGAGAAUCACAACCUCACAGCUAUCGAUUUCAUACGUUGACAUCGACUGAAUACAGUAAGACGUGGAUGUGGAUGUGGAUAUGAUUGCAUGAAGUCAACGCGUACAGUCAGAUGCGUCGUGAGGGGUGAGAUCAUUUUCCAGAUUAGUCAACGAACCGAUUUAACCAUCCAGUCAGACGAACAGUCAAACAAUCAACCAGAUUAAUAAUGAAUUAAUUCAUCAAUCCAUGAAAUCAAUCAAUCAAUCAAUCAAUCAAUCAAUGGAGGCCGGACCAAUCGCAGUCAGGCAAUCUGCUUGCUAGGCGCAGAUCCGACGACCCCAGCGGCAUCCACGCGCGCGGCUGCAGCGUGCGAACGGGCAUAUGAAAGGCGCGCCCGAAAACAGACCUGCGUUUCUUUGAAACUUCGAAGUCGAAGUCGAAGUUUCAAAGCAGUUUCGAAGUUUCUUCGAAGACGUUUCGUGUAGAAAGUUUUUCGAAGAAGUGUUUUUUUUUUUUGUUUUCUUUUGUUUUUGUAGCUUGUAAUGUGUGUGUCUAUUUAAUGUAUCCAACGCGUGUAUUUCAUAAUUAUAGAGUAGUUUAUGAUUUUCUGUUUUUUUGAAGGCGGGCUGGAGAAGGGGGGGGGGGGGAGCUAGAGGAGAGGACUAUGUCUGCCGGUUGUUAACGGUUAAAAAACAUAGCACCAGCAGCAAACCACCGCUGAGUCAGGGGCGCGGCUAACAGGUUGGCGUCUCUAGAAUUUGCAGCUGCGGAUAGGCAAUAGGCAAAAUAGUAGAUAGAAUCGGGAUACGGACAGGAUGACGACGUCACUGACGAGCUCGGUCAGUUGGACACGUGUCAAAAUGGGAGGAGAGUCGGGAUACGUUGUCCGGCAGCAGAAGAGGGAGAGUGCAUCCGUGGUGGCGUGUGCGCACGUGUCGAUCGUGAAAGCUGCUGCCGCAUGGUCGAGCUCGCGAUCGGCGGCGCGCAGCGCGAUGGACCUUCAUGAUCAGGCUAUCGGCAUUUUCGAGGGUUUCUCGCUCUCAAGGGAUGAUGCGCGUGCUACCAGUAGCAGGAGUAGCAGCGGUCGUUGCCGACAGCGAUUGGCUGGCGGCGGUGGACGACGACCAGGUUGUCGAUCUACCGGUCGCCGGUUUUCCAUCAGGGCGGCAACGAAGGGCGACCGGUCGUCGUCGAGCGACAGUCCCAACGAGGAAGCCACUCCAUUGGUGAAGGCAGCGUGGUAUGCGUCCGAGGCAUUCGGCAAAGCCGUUGCUCUCGUGCGUGGCCCGAACAAGGAGAGGGAAGAUGAAGAUUGGGAGGAGGAGGAGGAGGGGAGAUUAUCCCGCGAAGAAGCCAUAGCCGCCCUGCGGGCAGAUUACAAUCGGUCCUAUUUCGUGACAGGGAAGAUGUCGAUGGGCAUUUACGAAGAGGAUUGCGAGUUCGCAGAUCCGUUCGUCAGUUUCAAGGGACGGCAGAGAUUCAAACAGAACGUGUCUAAUCUAGGGAGUUUUAUGAGAGAGGUUAAUCUUACGGUGGUAGAUUGGCAAGAGGCAGAGGACAAACUCACGACCAAGUGGCGAUUCAGCUGUGUGUUGGCACUUCCAUGGAGACCUAUUCUAGCGGCGUCGGGCGGGACGGACCAUUACUUCGACAAGGAGACCGGCAAAAUAUAUAAACAUGUGGAGAGAUGGGAUAUCUCUCCGGCUGAUGGCGUUCGACAAUUAUUCAAACCCAAUCCUAAGCUGCGGAAGAAGGGCGGGAAUUCGAGUGAUUAACACCCCCCCCCCCACCCAAUCCUCCCCCCCCCACCCCGCCACCCCCGGCUACUGGUUCUUUGUCCUACACGCAUAACCCCGACCAUGAUGACGGGUGAUCGGGGGGUCACCAGUAACAUGACGGGGGCUGUCGCUUUCAUCUCAAUUUGCUCCUGACUCAAGCUGACAGAAUGCGAAUCGAACGUAUGACCCUCUGUACCGCGAAAUUGUCGAAGCACAGCUCCCGUGAACCGGAAGGUAAGGUUUCCCCCCCCCCUCAAAAAAAAAAAAAAAAAAAAAAAAGAAGGUUAGGAUACCACCGACUAGAUACGUGAAGCCGGUCAGUCCCAUUUCCGGAGUUUGGUCCCAUUUCCUCGAGUUUGGUACCAUUUUGUAAGUCGGUCCCAUUGCGGAGGUUGUCCCAUUGCGGAGUUUGCUAGCUGGUUUUGCGCGCCCUGGGAAAGGGUGCUUGGUCAAACAGGGCGAUAGACGGACCGGUCGUUCUGCCGGUCAGUUUGGUUGGUCGUCGUUGUUUUGUUUCUGACGAUUGAUUCCGUUGCUAACGAAAUGUAAACCGAAUUGCUGCUGUCCUUUGGGUGGGUGGCGUCUACACAGGUGUUCGGAGAAGCAGCUGGUAAUAGACACACCCUCCGUGUAAAGCUUCAAGUGUCGCUGAUCGGAAUUAAGGAUGCCAUGGAUUGAUUGUUUCAUUUGAGAGCGUGGAAGAAGAGGACAAACUUUACAAUCAUCAACGAUUGUUGAUCAUGUCACGACCGGGCAUUUGAUUCAUUGACAAGCAAUGAUUGAUUGUGCAUUGAUUAGAACACAGGUGGGAGGAGGAGGAGGAGGAGGAGGAGGAGGAGGAGGAGGAAGAGAAGGGACGGGAAAAGGGGAAGGAUUGAAUGGACGUUGUUAUGGCUGCCAUGGCACGUGCAAGCCAGCGCGAUGACUGAUCAUGGCUCCUCUUGCGUUGUAGACAGAACUGACAGAUCGGUAUAGAUAUGAUGGAUAGCGAAUGGGUGGAUUGAUGUGCUGUACUCCCUCGACGAUGACUUUGGUUUCUUCGUUUCUAUCAAUUGAUUGAUUGGUUGGUUGAUUGAUUGAUUGAUUUGUUGGUUGGUUGUUUGAGUGGAUGCUGCUUGGUUGGUUGCUAAUUUUGUGUAUGCAAAAGAAACAGGCAAGCAGAAAAUGUGUUAGUUACGUACGUUACAUCGGUGUGUUCGAACCAUAGGUGACGACGUUUACCGAAGGAAGGUAAUACUGUAUGUAAGGUAGCCGCUGAUGCUGGUGAAGUGUGCGUUCGUAUUGUGUAUGCACGCGUGUGCACGCGUGUGCGUGUAUGUAUGUGAGUAUUCUAUACAUGUAUGUUAAAUUGGAGAUUGUGACCCCGAGAACGGAAAGCAUAUGAUGUUUUUGUGCAUUUCAGACCAAGUCUCGCCUGCCUGUGAAG